UCAAAGAGAAAAAGGCCCCCUCGGAUUUCAGGGUCCGCACAGAACAGGAAGAGCGCCUAUUGACACGUCUUUGAUCCUCGCCUCCUGCGCCCUUUCUUUGUUUCUGGCGUUCUAAAACUUGCUACUCGACGUUCCAUCCGUCGAACAUUCGCAGCCUUUUCGAAUUCACGCCCACGGUGCGGUGUAAUCUCUUUAGCUUCCUACAAUGACAUUGGUCGGGUAAAGGUUGUGAGCACAGAAACUUCAAGGGCUGAUCAUACUGGGGAGCUAGUCAGCGUUGCGCGUGCGCGACAUUUGAGCUUCAAGGGGCGUGGAAUUUGUGAGGCUGGAAAAAUAGCGCUGGUCCUGAAAGAAGGCGGAAAACGGUUAAAAAACAAAACAACCACGCACGCAAACAGGUAGAUGGAUGGAGGCAGUGUUGUUCAGGGGAUGGAGCAAGCGACCCCGGAGGACAGGACGCUGGAGCGGCAGCCACAGCCUUCCGAGGAGGAGGAAGAGAAGCAGCGGGAAUUGUUGGAGAAACACCGGAAGUGCCUGUGUUCGGAAUUUGCUUCCGUCAGCGGCAGUGAUACAGCUAUUGCUCAGUGCUACCUGGCAGAGAAUGAGUGGGAUAUGCAAAGGGCACUGAAUUCUUAUUUUGAGCCGCCCCUUGAGGAGCAACAUGUGGAGCGACAUACUCUUCCAGUGGUAGAGAGCCUUGUUGACCUAACUGAUGAUUCGACUACUGAUAGUGUAGCUGCUGCUGUAAAAGAGGCUGGUCUUGGCUCACGAGAAGAUGACAGCACGUUUUCUUUAAUUACCUGGAAUAUAGAUGGCCUGGAUUUGAAUAAUAUGCAAGACAGGGCACGAGGAAUCUGUUCUUAUAUAGCUUUGUACAAUCCAGACGUCGUAUUUUUACAGGAGGUUAUUCCUCCAGUUUUUAACUAUCUACAGAAGAGAGCUGUCAGUUACACAAUUAUUCCAGGUAAUACGGAUGGUUAUUUUACUGUCAUAUUGAUUAAAAAAUCAAGAGUGAGAGUUCUAAAACAUGAAAUAACGCCUUUCCCUACAACCUCCAUGAUGAGAAAUUUAUUAGCAGUACAUGCAACCAUAUCUGGCAAUGAGCUCUGCCUUAUGACUUCCCAUCUGGAGAGCACUAAGAAUCAUAGUGAAGAACGCUUAAAUCAGUUGAAACUGGUGCUUGCAAAAAUGAUGGAGGUCCCUGAGUCCACUACCGUGAUCUUUGGAGGAGAUACAAAUCUGAGAGACAAAGAGGUUGCUAAACUAGGUGGCUUGCCUAAUAACGUUUUAGACAUUUGGGAAUUCUUGGGCAAGCCAGAACAUUGCUGCUACACAUGGGACACAAGCCAAAACACUAACUUGGAUGCACGUUACAAGUGCAAGUUGAGGUUUGACCGCCUCUUCCUCCGAGCUGCUUCUGCUGGUGGACAAAUUAUUCCUCAGAGUUUGGAUUUAAUUGGGCUGGAAAAACUAGACUGUGGCAGAUUUCCUAGUGAUCAUUGGGGUCUGCUUUGCAAUUUUGCUGUGAUACUGUAACAAAAAAGCGUUUUAAGGAUUUCCUUUUUAAAGACACCAUUCUAACUCUUCCUGAUUUCUCCCCACACAUUUUGCUAAAUUUUAAGCCGAUUGUAGGAUUUCUUGAGAUUCACACUCUCGGGAGAUAAUUUACUUAUUCAGUUGCUUCUGGAAUUCUUACCCAGUGGAAGGCCAGGAAAACACUUCAUCAUAUACUUCUUAAUUUCUUUCAACUUGUAUAUAGUCCAGGUUAUUUUUUUUAAGUAUUUAUGUCCUGUGCAAAAUAUGUUUUGAAAAAAAUGCAAAAUAUAUCAUUUUCACUCUCAAGUUAAAACAAUAAUUCCACAUAUCUAUGCAUCUUAUAUUGAGCAUAAUAAAGGUAGAUUUUAAGGAUGA